AAAGAUCCUCAAAAUGACAGGAACACUAUUGUUUUUAGAUGCUACUGUAAAACUGCUCGUCAAAGAUCUUCUAUAUGACAGGAACACUAUUGUUUUUAGAUGCUACUGUAAAACUGCUCGUCAAAGAUCUUCUAUAUGACAGGAACACUGCUGUUUUCUAAGGGCCUACUGUAAAAGCAGCUAUAUUGCAGCUAUACUGCAAUACCGAGUAGUCAAAGAUCCUGUAUAUCUGGCAGAGGACCCGGUGUUAAAAUGCUAGCCAAAGAUUGUCUAUAUAAGAGCAACAUAAUGACACUGUUGCCAUGGCAACCAUGUCUCUAUGUAGCCCUCCUCCUCUUCCUCAUCUUCUUCAUCUCUCCUUUUUCCCCCCGCUCACUCGCAUCCCGAGGCUUCUUUCUUUCCCGCCAAUCACACUUGUGGAGCUGGAGUGAUGAUGAGGAAGGCUGGAGACGGAUCUCAUCACAAUCAUCAUCAUCCUCAUCAUCAUCAUCCUCAUCAUCAUCAAUCAGCAGCGCACGUGUGAGGAGUUGAAUGGGGUUCCUCCUGCGUUGGGAAUGUUCCUGAAUGGUGUGAGAACAUCUCAGAACAUCUCGUCUGGUGCCGCCGACCCCCCCGCCAUCUCCCCUCACGCCCCCUCCCCUACAUCUCUCUCUCUCUCUCUCUCUCUCUCUCUCUCUCUCUCUCUCUCUCUGCUGGUCGUGUCGGUGGAUUAUGAAGAGCCGCGAGCACGAGGACGAUGGAAGCCGGCGACACUUUUGUCAAUCCUAAUAAAAGGCUUUCCAUCCUGAACGCCAUCUGGAUCCGAUCCGGAUCAACAACAGGUUGAGUCCAGCAUCCGACCUCACAUCAGGCAGCGACAGAUCUUCUCAGUCCGACACGUCCUCAAAGAAAAAGUCCUAUUCAUUCCAGAUCCUGCUUCAAAUGUCACAUUUUGGGAAACGGAGCACGCAACGUGCGGGGGGGGAGCCGUUACUCCUAAUUUUCACUUAAAAAGCCUCCCUCGUUAUAUCACCCCCCCACCACCGCUUGGCAGCCCGUCGCACUUCCAGCCCGCCGCCGGGCCGCCACGCAGCUAAUCACGUCACUUCAGAACAAUAACACGCGCCAUGUUUUCGUUGGCAUGCGGACCAGUGCCUGCUUGGAGUCUUCCCCUUGAGGAACAUCUCACACGUCAAAGUGCCGCCCUCAGAAUGUAAAAGUCGUCCACUCGAGUCCAACCUCGGCCAAAAGAAACGGUUUUGCUGCAUGCUUUGAGUGGGACAACACAGCGCCAUCCGGUGGACAAAAAAAAAAAAAAAGAACUAGCAUUUCCGUGUAUCAUGUAGACGUGCGUUACGCUCCUCGAAAGCCAUAAGAUCAAAUCCUGGUUGCACAGAAGAAGGUGAAGACCCGUCACAACAACAACAAGGCUCCGCCCUUUUAGUCAUGUCAAAAUGAUGCCCGCCGCCAAUCUCCGAAUCCUCACCCUCCUCUCCCUCCUCACCGCCGCCACCGCUCAGGUCACCACCCCUCAGAGCAGCCCCCGUCUGGCCUCCCUCAGGAGCAGGCCCAAAACCCCGCAGAGAGUCGCGGAGGGCGUCCUGGAGGCGCCGCCCAAACCGGCGGCGCAAGUCAUGUUCCCUAAGAACGUGACUUCCGCCGAAGCGCUGGCACCCCCGCUGGGCGCCGCCCAGGUGGCGCCACGUCUCAUGGACGUGUGGAUGGACGUGUGUCUGGGUUACUACGACGUGAUGGGACAGUUCGACAGCGCCUUCAACUGCUCCAAGGACACCUUCAUCUACUGCUGCGGGACCUGUCAUUACCGCUUCUGCUGCCCCGACCGCAGCCGCCAGCUGGAGCAGGAGAGCUGCAGGAACUACGACUCCCCCGAGUGGGCCAAGACCGAGUCCAACGCUUUGGUGAUAGAAGAGGACCUGGGCUCCGACCCGGACGUGGACCCCCUGAGGCAGCAGAGCCACAACACAGGCUUCGUGAUCGGAGGCGUGGUGAUCUUCAUGGUGGCCGUGGCCGUGGCCAUCAAGGUGGUCUUCAACAAGGUGCAGCAGGAGGCCCACCAACGUGACCUCAACAUGCCCAGAGCCCUGGUGGACAUGCUGCGCCAUCAGUCCAGUCCGGUCCAGCAGGACGAGAGGAACAACAGCGUGGCUCUGGCGGUGGGGGACGGACAGGGGACGCUGGGGAGACCUCCCAAAAACCUCUACGCUCCGGGACUUCCCAGCAAGGACAACAGAUUGGGCAAUCUACAGCACAAUUUCAUCCACUCGUCAGGAAGCAGCCCUAAACACACUGCGACUAUUGAACGCACCCCCCGCAUGAACAACGCUCAGCUGGCGGCGGGGGGCACCCUGCUGUCCAGCAAACACAACAACACCAAAUCCCAGCCCGCCUUCCACCACUCCCUGCACAACUUGGCUCAGCUGCCCCCCUCCUACGAGAGCGCCACCAAGCCCGAACUCAACAGAUACUCGUCCCUCAAGCGCCUCGAAAAAGGUCUAGACGAGUACUCGUCCGGGUACUGCACCACCAAGCGCCGCCCCCACACGGCCCAGCCGGCCCUCCAGUCCUCCCAGCACCACCUCCCCUGGGGCGGGGACUACACCCUCGGCGGUCGGGGCACGCUGCCCAGGCACGCGGUCCGACCUUGGAUUCCGCCGCCGCCCUCCGGCAUGCCGGCCUCGCCCACCCCCAAUCCGUACCCCCUGGACCCCCCGGAGCACCAGUACAACCCCAACUACGAUACCCUCUCCAAACCACGCAAGGUGAAGUCCACCGACCAGCUCCUCAACAUGGGCGAUGUCCCCGGCAACACUGGCACCCUGUCCCGCAUGUCCAAGAACCAGCAGCACCAGUACUACAAAGCCAUGGCUGCCUCCGGUAAGAACUCUAACACUCAGACCCUCACCCGCAAGACCCAGGACCGGCAAGACAGGCAAGACAGGCAAGACAGGCAAGACAGGCAGGAUAGGCAAGACCGGCAGGAGCGCUUGCUCAUGUCCCCGGACCACUUGGAGGAGAGGAUGGGCGGUAUGGGGGUAGUGGAUCCAUAUGCCCACACGAGCGGAGGCGGCGUCCCCACUUUGCCCCGCCAGCAGAAGGCCCAGUCCCAGCAGAAUGUGUGCGCCACCCCGUCUCUGGACCGCCACCACAUGAUCAAGAUGAACUCUCACCCGACGUCCGGCAGGGAGCAGGAAAGAAACACGGGUGCGGGCGGCCACAUGGGCGGGGGCGUGGGCUGGGGCGGCGGUGAGGGGCCCGGGGCGGGCGUCGUCAUGGGCACCGGCACACUGGGGGGCCACAGCGCCAGGAGGAUGGCUUUUGCGACCAAGCGGCAGAACACCAUCGAGCAGCUGCACUUCAUUCCGGGAGGGGGCGGCGGCGGCGGAGGGUCCGGGGGCGGCGGCGGGGGCGGCAGUCAGGGGAUCAGGACGGGGAGCAAAAACGAGGUAACGGUGUGAGCGUUUUGAUUGACAGCUACUAGAAAUAGCGUUUGAUAGAGUCGUGUUUAGGCUGUUCUAAUUAGUGUCGUCUAACUAAUACCACCACUUGUGUGUGAUAGCAUACAUCAGCCAUAUUUUAUACGUCCCUUUUUGCCAUAUAUAUAUAUAUACAUAUAUAUAUAUCUAUACAGUAUCUGAUGUACUGUAUACAGUAUAUCAAUACACAGCAGUGCCAUUACCUGCACAGAGUGGUAGGCUGGAAGAAAGCAGGACAUGUACAGCGGAGAAAGAGGAAGCACUCAGGAGUCCUGUUAGAUAAGAGAUAUGGAGAUGGAGCCCAGAGAACAGGACCACGUGGGAUACGGUCUCGCAGACCGACAGACCGACCGGUCGCCCGCCAGCCCUCGCCUACGGACAUUUUCUUUCAUUACCCAGACGGCGCUCGUGGGUGAGCGGCAAAGACGGAAUCCGUCUGAACUGCGGGACUUUGUCGGACUUUGCGGCAGGAAAAAAAAAAGGACGCGGCGGCGCCUACCAGUCUGAUGCCCCCGUUGCCUCGUUCGCCCCAUGUGACCUUAGCCAGCGGCCGGGAAGAGAACCAGGAAGUCUCCCAGGAAGUCAUGUUUUGGGAGCAAACAAACCAAGAGCCAUGAUUCUACUUAAGCGCUUGCUUUUAUUGAAACAACGUUGAUACGCGCUUGAAUGAGGUCGUGACGUUGCGCAAUCGCAAACGCUGCGUUUGAUGAUCUUCCGUAUUUGACAUUCGGACGCCCCCCCACGUCGGACGAAAAAAAAAAGUGCAACGUCAUGAAUGUUUAUUCAACGUUGUAUCAACGUUGUGUAAAUGUUGUUUGGAAACAUAGCACAAGGUUGCACCGACCCCCCCCCCCCAUCCCUUAUCCCCCCCCCCCUUCAAAGCCAUUUUUACCCCGAUACAAAGACGACGCUUGUCUGACAAUCACCUUUUCGGGCUUUUAUACAGGAAGCCCUUUCCCGAACAUCCUGCUGUAUCAUAACGCACUUCAGCCACAGACAAAUAAUAAUAAUAAUAAUAAUCAAUAACACUAGCAAAGCUUGUCAAUACUAAGGGCUAUGUAGUAUGUGAUAUGCGUGCUCCAUAUAAGCAUAUGAUUGAUUAGCAUAUCUCUUGAUUUGGUGUUGAUAUUGUCACGUGCUACAAAAACGACAGCCCCUCUGAUUUGUCGAUUUUGAGAAGAAAAGUACACUUCCUGUACUACGCAGUGCUAAAUGUACGUGUUCUCACUAUGAUGGAGUCUUAUUAUUGAUGAUUAUUCUACUUGUUAUGGUUAUUAUCAAUGAUUAUCUUAUGCUGUGAUGUUCUUUUUACUUGGUGGGGUUUUUAGUGUUUAUUGUUUUUUUUUUUUUUUUUGUUUUUUUUGGAUAUCCUCAUUAUUUUUAUGGAUUCGUUUUCUAUUUGAUGCAUGCGCGGCUCCAUCGCAGCUACCGAAGAAGCAUUUCUCUACACGUACCGUGUUGUUUCUAGCUGUAUGUACUGUGCCUAUAUAGACCAUAUAGACCAUAUAGACCAUAUAGACAUGGGCCUUAUGGGGUCUUGCUUGGGUUUACACUGAAGUAAAAACAAAAAAAGUUUAAAAAAAAAAAAAAAAAAAAAAAAAGCUGUAUGUGCCAUACAAGGAGGUUUUUUUUUGGGGGGGGGGGUGAGUUUUCUCAACCGGUGGAAAGUCCAUUGUUCAAAUCCCGUGAAUGACUAAACAGACGUGUCUUAUUCAACCAUGUUUACGGGGCACAUUUGACAUGCUCUGCUGCACCCGCCGCCAUUUUUUACCGUGAUGUCACACCACUUCCGAACUGCUAUGUGCGCUUAGUCUCGUGCGAUUGCUCCUCCUGCCAGUUAUUCAUGAUAACAGCGCGACAAAAAGACAUAGAAAUAUAUGCUUAUUAGCCAAAAAGUCGUAGGUUUGCACAUGCGUGGCAUCGCCGAGUCAUAUAAUCAUUGCGAUUGCUCCUCCUGCCAGUUAUUCAUGAUAACAGCCAACUUGCACAACAAAAAGACAUAAAAAUACAUGUUUACUACCCACAAAGUCGUAGGUUUGCACAUGCGUGGCAUCGCCGAGUCAUAUAAUCAUUGCGAUUGCUCCUCCUGCCAGUUAUUCAUGAUAACAGCCAACUUGCACAACAAAAAGACAUAAAAAUACAUGUUUACUACCCACAAAGUCGUAGGUUUGCACAUGCGUAGCAUCGCUGAGUCAUGUAAUCAUUGCGAUUGCUCCUCCUGCCAGUUAUUCAUGAUGACAGCGCGACAAAAAGACAUGGAAAUAUAUGCUUAUUAGCCAAAAAGUCGUACGUUUGCACAUGCGUGGCAUCGCCGAGUCAUAUAAUCAUUGCGAUUGCUCCUCCUGCCAGUUAUUCAUGAUAACAGCCAACUUGCACAACAAAAAGACAUAAAAAUACAUGUUUACUACCCACAAAGUCGCAGGUUUGCACAUGCGUAGCAUCGCCGAGUCAUAUAAUCAUUGCGAUUGCUCCUCCUGCCAGUUAUUCAUGAUAACAGCAGAACAAAAAGACAUAGAAAUAUAUGUUUACUACCCACAAAGUCGUAGGUUUGCACAUGCGUAGCAUCGCCGAGUCAUAUAAUCAUUGCGAUUGCUCCUCCUGCCAGUUAUUCAUGAUAACAUCCACCUUGCACGACAAAAAGACAUAAAAAUACAUGUUUACUACCCACAAAGUCGCAGGUUUGCACAUGCGUAGCAUCGCCGAGUCAUAUAAUCAUUGCGAUUGCUCCUCCUGCCAGUUAUUCAUGAUAACAGCAGAACAAAAAGACAUAGAAAUACAUGUUUACUACCCACAAAGUCGUAGGUUUGCACAUGCAUAGCAUCGCCGAGUCAUAUAAUCAUUGCGAUUGCUCCUCCUGCCAGUUAUUCAUGAUAACAUCCACCUUGCACGACAAAAAGACAUAAAAAUACAUGUUUACUACCCACAAAGUCGUAGGUUUGCACAUGCGUGGCAUCGCCGAGUCAUAUAAUCAUUGCGAUUGCUCCUCCUGCCAGUUAUUCAUGAUAACAGCAGAACAAAAAGACAUAGAAAUACAUGUUUACUACCCACAAAGUCGUAGGUUUGCACAUGCGUGGCAUCGCCGAGUCAUAUAAUCAUUGCGAUUGCUCCUCCUGCCAGUUAUUCAUGAUAACAUCCAUCUUGCACGACAAAAAGACAUAAAAAUACAUGUUUACUACCCACAAAGUCGUAGGUUUGCACAUGCGUAGCAUCGCCGAGUCAUAUAAUCAUUGCGAUUGCUCCUCCUGCCAGUUAUUCAUGAUAACAGCAGAACAAAAAGACAUAGAAAUACAUGUUUACUACCCACAAAGUUGUAGGUUUGCACAUGCGUAGCAUCGCCGAGUCAUAUAAUCAUUGCGAUUGCUCCUCCUGCCAGUUAUUCAUGAUAACAUCCACCUUGCACAACAAAAAGACAUAAAAACACGUGUUUACUACCCACAAAGUCGCAGGUUUGCACAUGCGUAGCAUCGCCGAGUCAUAUAAUCAUUGCGAUUGCUCCUCCUGCCAGUUAUUCAUGAUAACAGCAGAACAAAAAGACAUAGAAAUACAUGUUUACUACCCACAAAGUCGAAGGUUUGCACAUGCGUGGCAUCGCCGAGUCAUAUAAUCAUUGCGAUUGCUCCUCCUGCCAGUUAUUCAUGAUAACAUCCAUCUUGCACAACAAAAAGACAUAAAAAUACAUGUUUACUACCCACAAAGUCGUAGGUUUGAGCAUGCGUAGCAUCGCCGAGUCAUAUAAUCAUUGCGAUUGCUCCUCCUGCCAGUUAUUAAUGAUAACAGCAGAACAAAAAGACAUAGAAAUACAUGUUUACUACCCACAAAGUUGUAGGUUUGCACAUGCGUAGCAUCGCCGAGUCAUAUAAUCAUUGCGAUUGCUCCUCCUGCCAGUUAUUCAUGAUAACAUCCAACUUGCACGACAAAAAGACAUAAAAAUACAUGUUUACUACCCACAAAGUCGUAGGGUUGCACAUGCGUAGCAUCACCGAGUCAUAUAAUCAUUGCGAUUGCUCCUCCUGCCAGUUAUUCAUGAUAACAGCAGAACAAAAAGACAUAGAAAUACAUGUUUACUACCCACAACGUCGUAGGUUUGCACAUGCGUAGCAUCGCCGAGUCAUAUAAUCAUUGCGAUUGCUCCUCGUGCCGGUUAUUCAUGAUAAACAGGCCACCUCGCACAACAGAAAUAAAUGAAAGGACACCGAGGUGACUUUCGCAGCGGCAACGUUGGCCUUUCGUCAUCCGAACAGGAAGUCGUGUGACGUCACGUAAAAAAAAAAAAAAAAAGGAUCUAUUACAGCGAGUGAUAUCGGGUUAUUUUAGCCACAAAAGGUCUGCUGUAGCAAAGUCUGUAAACUCCCACAAGCCAUAUCCAUCCCAAGUCGUGAUGACACUUUUAUAAAUGCUUGAUUUGUGUGAGUAAUGUAUUUUGUAUAGCUAGUACAAUCAAACAAAAAAAAAUAAACAUUUGCAGUGAUAUCUUGUGUUGAAGAUGAAAUGUACAGUGCCAAAAUCCCCACACUUUUUUUUCCCACCGCUACGACCGCAAGGGAAUCGGAAGAGGAAGAAUAUUUCAUCGAGAAACGAAAGCUGCCGUGGAAGUUUGAAAUGUGAAAGAAAAGUCACACGGGAAGGACGGUGAUGGUGUCCAGUCGCCUAAAAAGAAUUUAUUUUCAUGAUUCUAACUUUCCAAAUGAGCUUUUUAUUGUUAUUAUUCUUCAAAGCAUCCAUCAUCCCCUUGGAUACGACAACCACUGACACACAAUUUGUAAAAUAAAGAUGCUGGGAAAAAUG